AUGCUGACAAAGAAGAACCGGUAUAUCCACAGUGACACAAUAUUUUUGGAAGGUAACUGUAGUACAGUCAUUCAACGCAUCCUUCCCCCGAAGCAUAAUGAUCCCGGAAGUGUCACUAUACCGUGUUCUAUUGGUGAGGUUGUUGUAGGUAAAGCUCUCAUAGACUUGGGAGCUAGUAUCAAUUUAAUGCCUCUAUCCAUGUGCUGGCGACUUGGAGAGAUAGAGAUAAUGCCCACAUGUAUAACCCUCCAGUUGGCUGAUCGCUCCAUUACUAGACCGUAUGGAGUGAUUGAGGAUGUGUUUAUUCAAGUCAAGCAGCUUGUAUUUCCUGCAGAUUUCGUGGUUAUGGAUAUAGAGGAGGACCCUACAAAUUUCAUGGCCAACUAUAUAGUAGAUAUGGGGAAAGGCAAGUUAGAAUUGGGUGUGGAGGAUCAGAAAGUCUCAUUCGACUUAUUUGAAGCAAUGAAGCAUCCAAGUGAUAUGAAAGCUUGCUUUGAUCUGGACAAGGUAGAACAAGAAAUAGAAUUAGCUGCUAUAGCCAUGGCACUGCACUCUCCUUUGGAAAAAGCAUUGAUUAAUCAUGUAGAAUGUCUUACUAAAGAGAAGGAAUGUGAAGUGCAAACUUGUAUUAAAGAGUUGGAUGGUGCAAGAGAAAAUUCUGAGGGACAUACUGCAUUUGAAGAAUUGAAGAACGGUGGGCAAAUAUAA